AAAAACGAAAUAACGUUAACACAUUAUGUAGAGGGCAAAAAAGUCUUCUCUUCUGUGUGUUUUUUCUUCUCUAUGUUUUUCACUCGCCGUUCGGUGAUGUUCAAUCUGAGCAGAGGCCGAAUAAAUUGACUCGAAUGCAGUCGGCUAGGGCAUAGAAAUUCGCGUCAAGAACAGAUCUAAUGUCUGUCUGGAUCUGAGCCGAAGCCGCCAAAAUCUUUGAACAAAAAUUAUUUGAUCUGUGUUUGUGUUGGAUUGGAUCUUAAACAAUGGCCCUGUCUGGAAUGCGAGGGCUUUCGGUGUUCAUAAGCGACGUAAGAAAUUGUCAGAACAAAGAGCAGGAGCGCCAAAGAGUCGAUAAAGAGCUAGGAAAUAUCCGGACAAAGUUUAAAAAUGAACGGGGUUUAACACCUUACGAGAAGAAAAAAUAUGUUUGGAAGAUGCUUUACAUUUAUAUGCUUGGCUAUGAUGUAGACUUUGGGCAUAUGGAGACUGUUUCCCUUAUAUCUGCUCCAAAGUAUCCAGAGAAACAGGUUGGAUACAUAGUGACUUCAUGCUUAUUAAAUGAGAACCAUGACUUUCUACGACUGGUCAUCAAUACUGUCCGCAAUGACAUCAUUGGCCGUAAUGAGACCUUUCAAUGUUUGGCACUUACAAUGGUGGGGAAUAUUGGUGGUAAGGAGUUUGCCGAGUCAUUAGCUCCUGAUGUCCAGAAAUUACUGAUUUCUAGUAGCUGCAGACCACUUGUUAGGAAGAAAGCUGCUCUAUGUCUUCUGCGGCUAUAUCGAAAGAAUCCAGAUGUUGUCAAUGUAGAAGGCUGGUCAGAUCGCAUGGCACAACUGCUUGAUGAGCGAGACCUUGGCGUCCUUAUUGCUGUUAUGAGCCUUCUUGUGGCCUUAGUUGCAAGCAACUUUGACAUUUACUGGAGUUGUGUGCCAAAAUGUGUGAAAAUUUUGGAACGACUUGCAAGGAGCCAAGACAUUCCACAGGACUACACAUACUAUGGAAUCCCAUCUCCAUGGCUGCAGGUCAAAACCAUGAGGGCACUGCAAUAUUUUCCUACAAUUGAGGAUCCAAACAUCAGAAGGUCCUUAUUUGAGGUUCUACAGCGUAUUUUGAUGGGGACUGAUGUUGUGAAGAAUGUGAACAAAAAUAAUGCAUCACAUGCUGUCUUGUUUGAGGCUCUUGCUUUGGUAAUGCAUCUCGAUGCUGAAAAGGAGAUGAUGUCCCAGUGUGUUGCAUUACUUGGGAAAUUUAUAGCUGUACGAGAACCGAACAUCCGAUAUCUUGGGCUGGAAAAUAUGACAAGAAUGCUGAUGGUAGCAGAUGUUCAGGAUAGCAUUAAAAGGCAUCAGGCUCAGAUCAUUACUUCUUUGAAAGAUCCUGAUAUAAGUAUAAGGAGACGAGCAUUGGAUUUGUUAUAUGGAAUGUGUGAUGUUACCAAUGCUAAAGAUAUAGUUGAAGAGUUAUUACAGUAUCUUACAACAGCUGACUUUGGCAUACGAGAAGAAUUGGCUCUCAAGGCUGCUAUACUUGCUGAAAAGUUUGCACCAGAUCUUUCAUGGUAUGUAGAUGUGAUUCUUCAGCUCAUUGACAAAGCUGGUGAUUUCAUAAGUGACGAUAUAUGGUAUAGAGUGGUUCAGUUUGUGACAAACAAUGAAGACUUGCAGCCAUAUGCUGCAGCAAAGGCUCGGGAAUACCUUGACAAACCUGCUGUGCACGAGACAAUGGUGAAGGUUGGUGCUUAUCUACUUGGAGAGUACAGUCACCUUUUGGCUAGAAGGCCUGGUUGUAGUCCGAAGGAAAUAUUUUCUGUCAUUCAUGACAAACUCCCGACUGUGUCAAUCUCCACUGUUGCCCUUCUUUUGAACACAUAUGCAAAGAUACUGAUGCACACUCAACCUCCAGAUCAAGAAUUACAAGAACAUAUCUGGGCAGUUUUUAGCAAGUACGAAAGUUAUAUUGAUUUAGAAAUCCAACAACGUGCGGUAGAAUAUUUUGCAUUGAGUCAGAAAGGGCCAAUUCUAAUGGACAUACUUGCUGAAAUGCCCAAAUUUCCUGAACGUCAGUCUGCACUAUUGAGGAGAGCAGAAGAUACAGAGGUAGACACAGCUGAGUUGAGUGCUACAAAAUUGCGAGUGCAACAACAAAUGUCAAGUGCUAUAGUUGUAUCAGAUCAGCGUCCUGCUAAUGGAUCUCUACCUACCGGACAAAUAAAGAUGCCUGAUGUUGGCAAAGUUGAACAAGGACCACGCCAGGCUAAUGGAGCUCUUUCCAAGCAAGAUGCACAAACUGCAUCACCAGAACCUGAUCUAUUAGGGGAUCUUUUGAGUCCACUUGCUAUUGAAGGUCCUCCUGGUCCAGUUGUCUCAUUCCCGUCAAGCUCAUUGUUAUCUUUAGAAGGUCCUACUGAGGAUUCAGAUCCUUUAGCCCUGGCAAUUCUCGGGGAACAGCCAAGUUCAAUACAGCCAAUUGGGGAUGUUGCUGAGCGCUUUCAAGCAUUAUGCCUUAAAGAUAGUGGAGUUCUCUAUGAAGAUCCUUUUAUUCAGAUAGGUAUGAAGUCUGAAUGGCGAGCUAAUCAAGGACGUCUUGUUCUCUUUUUGGGCAAUAAGAAUACUUCAGCCCUAACUUAUGUUCAAGCUGUACUGUUGCCACCGGCACAUUUGCGGAUGAAGCUUUCACUUGUUCCUGAUAUAAUUCCUCCUAGGGCUCAGGUGCAAUGCCCACUUGAAGUUGUGAAUCUGCGUGCUAGCAGGGAUGUGGCUGUUAUAGACUUCUCCUAUAAAAAUGGGGCCGUACCAGUGAAUGUCAAGUUACGACUACCAAUUGUUUUUAACAAAUUUCUACAACCUCUUGCCAUGACCACUGACACCUUUUUUCCACAGUGGAGAGCACUUGUUGGCCCACCAGCUAAGCUGCAAGAAGUUGUCAGAGGGGUGAAGCCUUUAUCUCUUCCUGAAAUGGCAAAUUUGUUCAAUAGUCUUCAAAUAAGUGUUUCUCCAGGCCUUGAUCCCAAUCCCAACAAUUUGGUUGCAAGUACUACAUUUUAUUCUGAGGCUACAAGAGCCAUACUCUGCUUGAUUAGAGUUGAAACAGAUCCAUCUGACAGAACCCAGUUACGGAUGACUGUUGCAUCAAAUGAUCCGAACACGACUUUUGAGUUUAAAGAAUUUAUCAAAGAACAACUUGUAUACAUUCCUACAGCUCCUUCUGUAGCUUCAUCUGCACCAACACCCCCACCUCUGCCUCCUGUACGCUCUUCUUCAGGGAUUACAGAUCCUGCAGCUGCACUUGCUGGUUUGAUUUAAGGACUGCACAUCAUUAGAUAUGCAUCAUUUGUUACCUCUGGAUGUACGAUAUAUGUAAAAGCUCUUUGAGUGGCCUCCUUUCACUUGUGUGCUGUCUACUUACAAAGUCUUCCAUGGCCAUUGGCUACUUGAGAAGCAAUUGGUGCUACGCAAGAGCUGGCGGAGACAUUAGGAGAAUAGUGAAAUUUUAUUUCUAACAGAAUCAGGAGUGAUAUUUUGAAGUCAUUCAAUCAACAGGCAUGAUUAUGGGAUAAAUGAUUGGAGCUUUUUCCUUUUCAUCUUAUCCUUGUCUGGAAUUGAUGAUCAUGUGAGUAUUUCUUAUUUGUAAUUUUCAGCACUGGUUCCUGUGGGAGCCUUUUGUAUUGGUGAUGUUUGAAAGUAGGCCAUCCACAAGUAACCAGCAACGAUCAUUGUAAUAGUUUUCCAUUUUCGAUUAGUUAUUAUUUAUUCAAUAAAGUUGGGAUCAAAUGAGUUAUUUGGUAA